UGGAACCUCAACCCAGCAUGUUAUCAUGAUAGAGUCUGCAGAUACAGAGGCUGCAGGUCCUGGGGUCAAGCAGGAGAGGUCUGAAGAAGAGGAGGACCCACGGCACAGCAGAGACAUCCAGACUGGAGGGGCUGGAGCGCCCCCUGUAGCCACGGAGGACCCCGCCCCAGUGCUGCCCGGGAUCCGACACAGCAUCACGGAGGUCAGUGGAACGCUGAACACCGUCCUCAAGUCAGAGACCGACACAGAGACUUUAACUGUAACACAAAGGCUUUUACACACAGGACCUGACCACAGGUCAGACCCGGAGAGACUGGGCUGUCCUGCUCCCGGCUCAGAAUAUUUACUUUACGGUAACCCGAGCCCGAGGACGGUUCAUUCCAAUCCCGAUUCAGGUGAUGUGUUAGAUGCUGGCGAUGAUCCGUGUUGUUCUUACGCUACAGAGAUGGACCCAGGCAACAUACCCUUGGGUUUAGAGACACAGACUGAUCUGUCUAGAGGGGACUGGAACCGGUACAGUAAUAGUGUAUACUCUGAAGGGUGCCUAGAUAAGAAAGGGGAGGGUCUGGUCUUAGAUGAAGUGACUGUGAAAGUGGAGGGUGACGUUCCUCCCACAUGGAAUGCAGAUAGUCACCUAGGAGACAGACACUCACAGGGCAGAGAUUUCUUAGAUUACAGGGAAAGUUUAGUGACCACGUCGAUGGGGCCUUCCGAUUCACACGGGAGUGUCCUUUUCGAUCAGGUAUUGAACUCAAACGACAGGGCUAGAGCCCAGGCUCAGGGAGGGGGAGCAACAUCAGGCACUAGUAAAGAGAAGCGGUUCCUCUGCAUGUUCUGUAACAAAGGCUUCAGCUGCGCCCAGAAGGUGGAGAUCCACCAGAGGGUCCACACAGGAGAGAAACCCUACAGCUGCCCCCAGUGUCACAUGCGCUUCGCCCAGUCUGGCAGCUUGAAGAGGCACCAGAAGGUCCACACAGGGGAGAAACCCUACAGCUGCCCCCAGUGUGAGAAGAGGUUCUCCCGCCAACACCUGCUGAAGACGCACCUGAAGGUCCACACGGGAGAGAGGCCGUUUGCCUGUACGCACUGCGGGAAGAGGUUCUCGGAGAGGAGCUACCUCAGGAUACACCAUCAAAAAAAACAUUCCACUCUAUAGCUUCUGACGUGUUAGAUCAAGCCCUGCAUUAAAAACAAACAUGUAUUGUAAUUGAUGUGAGCAAAAAAGGUCCAAAGAUGCAUUUGGAGAAACAGUUUUCAGUGUUGAAUAUUUCUGGGUAGAAUAUUCAAUACUACGUAAGUAAAGGUAGACUCUGCGAAAUGACGUAGACCAGGGUUCCCCAGCUGGCGGCCUGCGGAUAAGUUUUCUGAGCAUAUUUUUACAUGUUGGACAUAAAACAGCAGAAAAUCCGCUCCAAGUGAUUUUAAUUUUGGAAAUCUGUUCCAAAGUAUUCCCACGCUUAAUGGAGAGAAAUAUGUGAUCAUAUGCAAAUUUAAGCAAGGUUUGAAAUGAUUAUAUUUUUGUCAAAUACUAGAUCUGUUUUGGCUUCUUGUGGUCAAUUUGCAGUCUAGAAAUGAUUUGUAAUUAUGUUCCAGCUCCCUGACCAUCUGCUCAAAAAGAAAAUCGUCCUGUAGCUGGAUCUAGUUGAUCCUCCCUGACUUCGAUGGACAAAGUAAACAGCAAUUUCCGCAACAACUAAGAGUGUUGAAGCACAGGGCUAAACUUCUCUGAUGUUUUGGUCCCGCAGCUACCACGUUGUAGCAGCGUGAAGCAAACCUGUGUACAUGCGCAGAUUCUCUGUGAGAGUAAAGUCUUACGUCACACUCAUGGCAAUAUCUGCGGUGCUGCUCGUGAUUCUUCCUUUAGAGAGAAAGGUUAAUUUUCACACGGAAGAGAGGCCAUUUGCCUGUACACACUGCAGGAAGAGGUCCUCAGAGAGGAGCUACCUCAGGAUACACCAGCAGAAUCACCAUUCCACUCUAUAGCAUAGAAAGUAACCAUUCAACUCGAUAGCUUCUGACGUUUAGAUCAAACCCUGCAUUAAAGACAAAGAUACAUUUUCAUUGUUGUCACCUGAAAAGACCCACAGAUGUAUUUGGAGUAAGGAGAGUAACAGAUUUCAGUGUUGAAUAUUCCUGGGUAGGAUAUUGCAUCCAAACA